UAACCCUUAAAAAAGCCAAAAGCCAAGCCCACGCAGAGUCUCCAUCCCCUUCCUUCAUUUUCCUCCGCACAGAACCCUCCCAUUUGAUUUGAUUUCAUUGAAAUGGCGGCUGAAGUGGCGAGCGGCGCGGCGCCGGAAGUACAGGCGGAGGCAGAGAAGCAGCCGCACAGACUGGAGCGGAAGUGGACGUUUUGGUACGACAACCAAUCGAAACCCAAACAAGGCGCCGCCUGGGGAAGUUCUAUCCGCAAAGCCUACACCUUCGACACCGUCGAAGAAUUCUGGUGUUUGUGUGAUCAGAUUUUUGUGCCCAGCAAAUUAUCCGGAACUGCAGACUUUCACUUAUUCAAAGCAGGAGUAGAGCCCAAAUGGGAAGACCCUGAGUGCGCAAACGGGGGCAAAUGGACUGUUAAUUGCAGCAGAAGAUCGAAUAUGGACACCUUGUGGCUCGAAACUUUAAUGGCUAUGAUCGGCGAGCAGUUUGACGAGGCUGAUGAGAUCUGUGGAGUAGUUGCCAGUGUGCGCCCAAGACAAGACAAAAUCUCGUUGUGGACCAAGACCGCUGCAAAUGAAGCAGUUCAGAUGAGCAUUGGGAGGAAGUGGAAGGAGAUCCUCGGCAUUGAUGAUAAGAUGUUUUACAGUUUCCAUGAGGAUUCUAAAAAGGAGAGAUCAACAAAAAGUCGGUACAGUGUCUGAAGAUUUUAGCCGCAUAUACUCAAAUAUGCCGGAUCAAGAAGAGGAAUACAUCUGUGACAACCAGGUUACCUUGUAUUUCUAGUUCGAUCUCUUAUAAUUUUCUAUCAUCACAUCUGUGUUUGAAUUGAUUUCAUCGAUUUCUUUCGAUUUUGGUCACUUGUUCUCGUUUGUUUGUUGUUAUAUGCCCCCAAUAUGAAUGAAUAUGAUGAUCCGAUACUUCUUAUUGUGUCCCUUUUAAAAGGAUUUUGUUAUCUGUUAAGCGUUCACAUCA